CAACCAUCCCUGUCUUCUCAGCCCCUAAUUAUGUUGGUUCUCAACAAUACCAAUACUCAGCCUUUGAUCUUCCUCUUGACGGGUAUCCCAGGCUUGAGAGCAGCCCAGGAAUGGAUCUUCAUUCCUUUUUGUCUCCUGUACGUCAUUGCCCUGUCUGGGAACAGUAUGAUCCUGUUUGUGGUCCUCCGUGAACAGAGUCUCCAUGCGCCUAUGUAUUAUUUCCUCUCCAUGCUGUCAGCCACAGACUUGAGCUUGUCCCUUUGCACACUCUCCACUACUCUUGGUGUCUUCUGGUUUGAAGCUCGAGAGAUCAACUUAAAUGCCUGCAUUGCUCAGAUGUUCUUUCUCCAUGCAUUUACUUUCAUGGAGUCUGGGGUUCUGCUGGCCAUGGCCUUUGAUCGUUUUGUGGCCAUCUGUGACCCACUGAGAUAUCCCACCAUUCUCACCAAUGCAAGGAUUGCCCAGAUUGGGGUGAGCAUGUUGAUAAGGAAUGUUGCUGUCAUGUUGCCUGUUGUGCUUUUUGUCAAGAGGCUGUCCUUCUGCAGCUCUAUGGUCCUUUCACAUUCUUACUGCUACCACGUUGAUCUCAUUCAGCUCUCAUGCACAGACAACAGAAUCAACAGCAUCCUUGGCCUGUUUGCUCUCUUCUCCACGACAGGAUUUGACUGCCCUUGCAUCUUGCUCUCCUAUGUCCUGAUCAUCCGAUCUGUCCUUAACAUUGCUUCCUCAGAGGGGCGGCAGAAAGCCUUCAACACCUGCAUAUCCCACAUCAGUGCUGUUGCCAUCUUCUACAUCCCUCUCAUCAGCUUGUCUCUUGUUCAUCGUUAUGGCCAUUCAGCACCUCUAUUUGUCCACACCAUCAUGGCCAAUGUCUUCCUGCUCAUUCCUCCUGUGCUCAACCCUAUCAUCUAUAGUGUGAAGACUAAGCAGAUUCGAAAGGUUAUUGUCAAGGUCCUAAUUCAGAAGCAGCUCCAAAUAUAA